AUGGCGCCGAGUUUACAAGCGGUCGCAGGUUUUGGUUCACCAGGUCCGGCUGCUCCAGGUCCGGCUGCUCCUCAUCUCCGCCUCGCCGCGGCCGGCAGCGCAGCGCAGCUCCCGCCGCCUCCUCCCCCGCUCUCCCGUCAGCACGGUCCACGGCUCCCGGAUCUGAAGCAGCCGCACCGUGUUGCCGCACAGCACAGCACAACAACAGCCCUCAUUCGCAGGUCGCAGCUAGCUAGGCAUCAGCGGCACCGGUCACCGGCGGCAGCGUACAUCACCGCGCGCGUCAACGGAUGCAAUCCCUGUAGGAGCAAUCAUGAGAUGUGUGACGCUCAGCAUAGGUGCGGCUGGACCAUGGUUCUAUGCAAUAUUUCUGAUGAUGAACCUUUGAGAGAAACUAUCAAAGGACCAUUGGGAUUUCAGGAUAAGAAAUGAGCAAGUAGCUUUGUAUAUGUAAGAUUCUUGGAGCAGUAUAGAACUAAAGGGAUGCACAAAUGGGCAACCUUCAAAGCCUGUACAGAAGUUCAAUGACAUGAAUAUUUCCUCUAUGCAUGAUUUUAUAAUUUGCUAUAUGCAUUUGAGAUUAGGCUUUUGUAUUUUCUUUUGAGAAAAAAGGGAAAAGAGAAGUAGCUAAUAAAUGGUAUACUAGAAAGGAGUGGCCAGAGCACAUAUUUGUUAUUGUUAUGGAAAUACAAGUGUUGCCAUUGUAAAUACAAAAGGAGUUGGCAGAGCACCUAUUUUGCAUGUGAAUUAUGUUUAGUCCCAGUUUGCAAGUUUCCAUGUGGAUUAUGUUUGAUCCC